UGACUGUCACAAAGCAUGAACAGCGGAGCCAACAUCAAAGUGAUGUCUCAGAGCCAGAGUGGCACAGGUGUCAGCUCCAGUUUGCCUUUACCUCAAAGCAUGAUGCCUCUCCCAAAGAUGGAUCCCAAACGGCAGUACGGUGGGCUCAACAAUACCGCAGUGCAGAAUCAGCAAGCCGCCAGACGUCAGGCUGCAUAUUAUUCAUCCUCUGCCUCCUCGGGGUCCUCGGAGCUGCUGAGAGGAUCAGCUCUGAAGAACCACCUGCUGCAGCAGAAGACUGCCGUGUAUUCGCACAGAGGCCCAGCAGCGACAGAGCGAAACGACGGGACAUGUUCAGCAUACAGCAGCCCUCAAAUGGCAAAGAGGGAGGCUCCGCGCUCUAAAGACACGUUAGACCUCCGCAACAACCUGCUAACACAUAAGGCUUUGAGAGACCUGCAGUUCAGAAAGAACACCAACAAGAACUGGACGUUCGGGAAGUACCGCCUGAGAAAUGUGGACAACGAACACGAGGGCGACGCUUUACCUCGGCUCUCAGCUAAUGUUCAGUCAGGCCAAGGACGGGGACGUCUUCUUUUUACCAAAGGGGCGAAUGGAAACGAGACGUCAGGCGAGAGUUCAGCCGGAGUGGAAAACUUCCAGAAAGAUGUGAGGAACGCGCUAAACCCGGAUCCGGGAGCCUCUGUUGGAGAGAUGCUCAGCAAUAAAUCAAAAUCUCCUUAUCAUACGUUCAACAUGGCGCGCAGGGCAAGUGAGCCAGAAAGAGUCAACAUGGCGGCUGUCGCUCCCUUCAGGUUCAGGUUUCAGGUCAGCGAGGACACGGAUGCCGCCCUUGAUGAUCUGAGCGACUGCUCCUCUGACUCCAUGGAGGUCUGUUGUGAUGAUUUAGGGGGCAUGCUUGGAAAUAACGCAAAAGGCAGAGAAGGCGACAUGAAUAUGGAAAGGACAGAGAGCAGCAAGGCAUACGGCCAAGCAGAUGGCAAAGGAGUUGGCAUGGCAGCCAAGAGGGCCAAGUCUGGAGUGGCCCAGAGCUCGGCGCGGGGUGAACUAAAGGUCUACCGGGCAGGUAGUUCUGACGGCAGACUACCAGUGUCUUCCAGUCUCCGUAAGCAGAGGUCUCUGACCAACCUGGCCGUUCUCACCGACGCUGAGAAGAAGCUGCAGCUCUACGAGCCAAAGUGGUGUGAUGACAUGGCCAAGCCCGGGGCAGGGCAGAGCAAGACGAGCAAGCCAAGGAUGGCAGGCGGUGGCAGCAGCGCCGGGGGAGGCGCCCUGCUCUCUCGAAACCUAUCCAAAUCCGAACACUCGCUGUUCCAGGGCAAACCCAAGCCCUUCAGCCCUCUCGCUGCUCCCUCCGUGCUGAGCAAGCAGAGCCGCAUACCUCGAGGUCCGUACGCCGAGGUGAAGCCUUUGAGCAAGGCGCCCGAGGACGGAAAGUCGGACGAUGAGAUCCUCUCCAGCAAGGCGAAGGCGAAUGCAAAGAAAGCUGGAGCCAGCGCCGGUGGAGAGUCUGGCUCGAAAGGCCACGAGGAGGAGGGAGGGGAUAAGCCCUACCUGAAGGUUGACCCAGAGCUGGUGGUGACAGUGUUGGGUGACCUGGAGCAGUUGCUCUUCAGUCAAAUGCUAGACCCCGAGACCCAGAGGAAGCGCACCGUACAAAAUGUUCUUGACCUCCGCCAAAAUCUGGAAGACACGAUGUCGAGUCUUCGGGGCUCCCAGCUGAGCCACAGCUGUCUGGACAGCAGUAAUGUGGGCUAUGACAGUGAUGACACCAACGCUCGCAGCAUAUCCAGCCUAUCCAACCGCUCCUCUCCUCUUUCCUGGCGCCAUGGCCAGUCCAGUCCCCGACUUCAGGCCGGUGAUGCCCCAUCCUCCACCGGCGGUGGUUACCAGGGGAGCAAAAGUUCUUCCCAGUACACAGCCCACACCAUGCCCGCGCGCUGUUCCAGCCGCCUCAGCAGCACAGCUCGCAUUGAGCUCAUUGAAAGUCUCGAUGUUGAUGACACCGACCUCAAGUCUGGGUACCUGAGUGACACUGAACUUCAAGGCAAAAGUCUGCCAGAUGAUGAUGACAACCUGGAUAAUGGUUGGGAUGAGAGCAGCUCCAUCAGCAGCGGGCUCAGUGAUGGAGAUGGCGACGGCUCGGAGAACCUCAGUUCAGAGGAGUUCAAUGCCAGCUCAUCUCUUAACUCCCUCCCCAACACGCCGUUGGGAUCCAGACGCAACUCUUCGGUUAUGCUCCGCACUGAUGCAGAGAAGCGCUCCCUGGUGGAGAGUGGGCUUUCUUGGUACAGCGAGGAGGGCAAGGCCAGCCACAAGCUUGAUAGUUGUAGCUAUGACUCAGGAAGUCUCAAGACAGAAGCUCCAAGCAAGUGGAGAAAGAAGCCUCCAAGCCUGAGCGAAGACUUUGGGAUUAAAGGGGAAUUGAGGAAACCUCAAAGUUUGGGUCAACCAGGAAGUUUCAAGAAGGGCAGAAAUCCUCCAGUGGGCGUGACCUCUCCUAUUACCCAUACCUCACAGAGCAUGCUUAAAGUCGCAGCACCAAAAAGCGAGAAGCCGCUGGACAGAUCCAAAAUAUCCAUCAAAACCGCGGGCCUACAAAGGUCUCGUUCGGAUGCUGGCAGGGAUCAUCAUGGAGAGCACCGCAAGCCCCCAUCGGGUUUGGUCAAACCCACCGCGGGGGGCUCCUUCGGCUAUAAGAGACCCCCGACAGCCACCGGUGCCGCAACUCUGAUGACAGCAGGGGGCGCCACCAUCUCCAGUGGCUCCGCUACUGUGGGGAAAACCCCCAAGUCGUCCGGCAUCCCCGUGAAGCCCGUGGGAGGAGGAGUGCCCUCGGGCCGAAAGAACAGCUUUGAUGCCAGCAGCGAGCAGAGGUUCCUGGGGCCCAACACCCGCAACAGCAUUCAGUACCGCAGCCUGCCCCGGCCGGCCAAGUCCAGCACGCUCAGCGUGAUCGGCCGCCCGGCUGCUCGGCCCGUCAGCAGCACCCUCGACUCCAGUCUGUUGAGUUUAAAGCCUGUUCCCAUGUCCGCCACGGGGCCAAGGGUUAAAGAGCACGGUAGUUGCAGUGGUAAAAUGAGUAAUCGAACAAGUACCGGCCCGGUGAACCAGACCGACAGGGAGAAGGAGAAGGAACGAGCCAAAGCUAAAGCAGUGGGUGCUGACAUGGACUGCUGUGCCAGUCAGUCCGAGUCCACAGGCGAGUCUGUGGUGAAACUGCACGGCCUGAGACGGACCAGCAGCAGCAAAUACCCUGAACUGUCCUCGCCUACAACACCAAGGAUGCUGAACUCCAAGUCCCUGGGCCGCCCGCCCAGCUUGGCUCACCUGGACAAGGUCAACUCCAACAGCCUCGACUCCUGCAUUAUCAUCCAGGACCUUCCGCCCAAAAUCCCACCGUACUCCAAGCUGCAGGACUUGGCUAGUUCCCACACCCCCAUCCGCCUCACCCCCAGCCCGGCGCCGGUCCUCCACAUCGAUUCUCCCACCUACACCAGCGAGAGUCUGAGUCUAAGCGCAUCCCCCGUGCUCUACCCCAAACUGUCCGGCAUGCACCGCAGCAUGGAGUCCCUGCCCCUCCAGAUGAGCGUGCCCGCCACGUCCAGGUUUCUCACCACAGACGCACAUGAGAAGGAGGCGAGGGGGACGGGAACCUGGGGCGCCGGGAGCAGGACGUCCCUCAACUUCACAGAUAGCUUGCAAGCAGACAGGAAUACCUUGCCAAAGAAAGGCUUAGAACGAUACGGCUCAAGCCUCUCCGACAGCGAUGGAAGUAAACCAGGAAGGCGCCACUCCCACACUACAGGGAGCAUGACAGACUGCGAUACCCCCCCCCAGCUGCCUUCGCCCACCCGUCCUCUUCACUCCUCCUCCAGCAAGGUCCUUCUCACUAAUGUGGUUGCCCCAAUUUCCUGCGGCACUCCAAGGAUGUCACGCUCCAACAGCACAGGCCCGACCAAUGAGUCAUCCUGCGAUCUCUACGGAUCCUCCCCCCUGGGGAGCAGUGUGUCCCUGACAGACCGGCCAAAAAGCCUGAUGCGCUCCGGAUCUUUCCGGGAACAAGGAGAUGACGUGCACGGCUCUGUGCUCUCUUUGGUAUCCAAUGCUUCAUCCAACUAUUCCUCGAAUGAGGAGAGGAUACAAGGGGAGCAAAUUCGCAAGCUGAGGCGAGAGCUGGAGUCCUCCCAGGAAAAGGUUGCUGAUUUGACAAUGCAGCUUUCUGCGAAUCUAGGCCAGGCGAACCUGGUGGCAGCAUUUGAACAGAGUCUGGCAUUGAUGACAGCGCGCCUCCAAACGCUGUCAGUCUCAUCGGAGCAAAAGGACUCUGAGCUCACGCAGCUGAAGGAAACCAUUGAGAUACUCCAAGCCAAAAAUACAGAAGCCCAGGAAAUCAUCCACGGUGCUCUCAGUAAUCCAGAUAUCACACCUAAAGAGCUGCUGAUUAAUCGCCAGAACUCCUCGGAAAGCAUCUCCAGUCUCACCAGCACCACCAGCCAUUCCAGUAUGGGGAGUCUCAAGGAGCAGGAGGCGAAGAAGAAGAAAAAGAAGAGCUGGCUGCGCAGCUCCUUCAACAAAGCUUUCAGCAAGAAGGGCGGCAAGCCGGGACCGUAUGCUGACAUUGAAGAGAUCUCCACGCCAGAAUCCUCAGCACCCUCCUCCCCCAAGGUCCAUAACAUCGGAGAUGUCCCUCAGCAGACGAUGAAAACCUCCACCUCAGCCUUGUCAUCAGGACUGUGUGAAGAGGGCGAGGUGGGGGACGACAAGGUUGUAACGGAGCUGCGUUCAGAGCUGUGGGAGAAGGAGCGCAAGCUGACUGACAUCCGCCUGGAGGCUCUAAGCUCUGCACAUCAGCUGGAGCAGCUGCAGGACGCCAUGAGCAGCAUGCAGAGGACGGUGGAAGGCCUGAAGGCUGAGAACGACCAGCUAAAGACAACUGGACUGUCUCCCUGUCCAUCUCCUGGACCUUCCAGCUCAGCCUCUCAAUCCUCUGGUCUCACAGCUCUGGGAAGUUCCUCUCCUCGGCAGUCAGUUGCCGUGCCCAAAAGCUACAGCAGAGGGCUGAGUGAGGGGAAUGGCUCAGACAUCCACACUGCAGAUUCUCUCAGCCUCUCCUCUCAGAGGGAUGAUCACCGCGUCAGGGUGGUGGUUUGUGUUGCUGAUUUAUGUGUUUUCAAAGAUGAAGUCAAACAGCAGGAUUUCUUUGUGGGCACUGUGAGGGUUAAUGGCAGGAUGGAUUGGGUCAUGCUGGAUUCAGCAGUCAGUCAGGCUUUCAAGGUCUACAUAGCCAAGGUGGAUCCCACCUCCAGCCUGGGGCUUUCAACAGACUCCAUCUACAGUUACAGUAUGGGUCACAUCAAGCGAGUGCUGGGAGGAGAAGCUCCUGAAUCACAGCCGUCCCGCUGUAUGUCCAGAAGCUCCAGUAGCAUCACAGUGGCUCUGAAAGGUUUGAAAGAGAAAUGUGUGGACAGCCUGGUAUUUGAAACACUCAUUCCCAAGCCCAUGAUGCAACACUACAUCAGCCUGUUACUCAAACACCGCCGUCUCAUCCUCUCUGGGCCGAGCGGGACAGGUAAGAGCUACCUUGCUUCGCGGCUGGCUGAGUACCUGGUGGACCGAAGUGCCCGUGAAGUCACAGAGAGCAUUGUGGUCACGUUCAACAUGCACCGCCAGUCAUGCAAGGACCUGCAGCUUUAUCUUUCUAAUUUGGCCAAUCAGAUAGAUCGGGAAACCAGCACCUCCGACAUCCCGCUGGUGGUUAUUCUUGACGAUAUUCAUGAUCCUGUUUCUGUUAGUGAACUAGUGAACGGUGCUCUCACCUGCAAAUACCAUAAAUGUCCUUACAUCAUCGGAACAAGCAAUCAGCCAGUGAAGAUGACGGGAAACCACAGCUUGCAUCUCAGCUUCAGGAUGGUGAUCUUCUCAAACAACGUGGAGCCAGCCAAUGGCUUUCUCGUGCGGUAUUUGCACAGGAAGCUGAUGGAGUCUGAAGACGAGAGGAGCUUGAACAACGAGGACCUCAUCAGGGUGUUAGACUGGGUUCCCAAACUGUGGUAUCAUUUGCACGCCUUCCUCGAAAAGCACAGCACGUCAGAUUUCCUCAUUGGCCCUUGCUUUUUCCUGUCCUGUCCGGUAAAAGUGGAUGAGUUCCGAUCUUGGUUCAUUGAUCUUUGGAACCUGUCUAUCAUUCCAUAUCUGCAAGAAGGUGCCAAGGAUGGUAUCAAGGUCCAUGGCCAGAAAGCCGUAUGGGAGGACCCAGUGGAGUGGGUGAGGGGCACCCUGCCGUGGCCGUCUGCCCAGCAGGACCAGGCCAAGCUGGUGCACCUACCUCCUCCCAGCAUCGGCUCCGGCAGCCCAUGCCAGUCCAGCGAGGAGAUGCCACACAAGGAGACUCCACCCAGCUCCAUGGAAUCAGAUCCCCUGAUGGCAAUGCUUCUGAAACUUCAAGAAGCUGCCAAUCACAUUGAGUCUCCGGACAAAGAAGAUCCCAGCCUGCUUAAACUCUGAAUGCAAAGCUCACACCCAACACCCAGCACUUGGAAUUUUAUUUUUGUUCACUGUGUUGAAGAAGCUCACAAUCGGGAAGAAACAGACCUUCACAAAUGGUUGUGGGAAGAUUUAAACUGUCAUUCCAACAGUGGGAGAUUGAAACUAUGACCUGUGAAUCCCAAAUUAUUGUAACACAUACAGUGUUUAAAUAUAUUUUAACAUUUUUCCACCAUAUUAGCCCUUGAUACUCUUAGAUUGGUGCUAACUGAUUACUAUCAAAUCCAUUGUCUUAGCACUUUGGCUUCAGGGGAUUUCUGCAACAAGUGCAUCAUGGGAUGUCCCCAUCAAAUGGCGCUAUUCUUACUUAACUUGUUUUGAUUUUUCAUCAAAUAGCAUUACUUUUAAUUAACUUCUUUUGGAAAAGAGUAUGACAGCAUAAUGAACACUACUGUUUAUUACAAAGUAGUAGUACAUAUCUCCUGUCAAUGUCGUUAAAGGCCAAAUCCUACACAUAUGCAACCCUGAUCUUUACAACCCGAGCAGGUGAAACUAAGAGGCCUUAAGAGAAAAGACGUCAGUGUCACCUCAACCUUAGCAGCGUGCUGGUGCUUUCAUCGAUAUCAUCCCAAACAGCCAGAAAUCACCUUUUCUUCAACUCUAUUUUCUUUUUUUUUUUUUAUCUCAAAUCAUCAUGAUUAUCUCUCAGAGCAAAAGUCAUUUAACUCAGUAUUGAUUAUUCUUAAUUUAAACCUGUUUCCCAUAUGUUUCCCAUAUGUUUCCAUCUUGCUGUCAUACUCUUUUGGGUAAAAUAUAACUUAUUUAUCAGUGACGAAUGAAUCACUAUGGCUCCGCACACCACUUUUCUUUUCUUUUUUUGUUAUCAAGCAUUUGAUUCAGUUUUAUUUCACGCAGACAGCAGCACCAAUGCUGCCACUUAUAUCAGGUAUUAGAUACUUAAUACACAGGGAUAUAAAGAAAUUAUAUAAAAACACCCUCUAAUAAAGUAACAGACUGAGACAUGUUCCUGCAACAUUUAUCUACGAGCAUAUUUGUUUCAGGUUUUUCCCCUAAUCUUGUGUAUAUAUUAUGUACAUACAAUCAAGCUGCAUUGCAGUGACUCGUCUGCAUUAGUUGGUGCAAAUAUCUAAUAUACUGAACCAAAUACUGUACUUCAAUCUUGCAUAUUGACUGUCAAGUUAGAGUUUUAAGUUUAAUUAUGAAUGUAUAUAAAACACUCAAACAUCAACCUUACGACAGUAUCAUGUAGGACGUGCUUUUUAAGGAAGCCUUAAGUUCCACUGCAAAGCACGGCUCUACAGACGCCUCUGGCUACUUCAUGCACUUCACAAAAGAAACUGAACGACUGCUCACGCUUGUUGUCAUUUAGUAUGGUGCUCUUUAAAAAUGGCCCACGCUGUUUUAGGAUUAACUCAAAUGUCAAAUAGGUUAGCAGGGUAGGAUAGUGAAGAGCUUUCUGUCUUUUCUGUUAAACGCAGAAGAAAUGUGUACCAGGUUUUGGAAAUCGCGGCCGGUAUUUGUGGGAGGUGUUUUUUUUUUAAAAAGUGUUGACGACUUUUAUGUGGGUACAGUGAGGUCAUGUCAGAUGUCGUGCGGUGUAUACUCAUGUCGAUGUCGUGCAUUAUUCAUCUGAGAACGCUUCGGCUACGCGGAACAGGCACAAAUUGUGUUUCAAGAAAAGAAAAAAAAUAAGCGUUUAUAAGAUUAUGUGUAGAUUUUUUUAUUUUAUUUUUUUUUGUAUAGAGGAAAUUAUAGGUAAAUGAAAGAUAUGUUUGAUGAUUGUGCAAGUGGAGUAGAAAUAAUGUAUCGUCCCACAACGGUCAUUUACUUCAGAGCUUAGUCAAAAUCACACUAGAAUUUAAUUCUGUAAAAGAAUGUAGGACCGUUUUAAUGACAGCUUAAUAAGAAAGUGUAAUCUUUUACAUUCAGUUUGCUGCUGAUUUGGUUAUUAAUCCUUGUGUAUAUGACUAAUCUGACAGUUAACCUGCAAACUAAAACAUUAGACGACCAAACAUGAUCAAUUUAAGACUUCAAGAAGCAAAAAGACAUAGAAUAACUUAAUUUCUGUAAAUGUGUCGGGGAUGAGCAUCAGUGACGGCACUGAUCUGCUUCUGCAGGUUAACCCGAGUCAUCGGCUCCAGCUUCUCAGCUCAUCUACUGGUUGUCGUGCCUGUUGCUCAGUGAUAGCAGUGAUUGGUGUUUGCUUACUAGUGUAUCGGGACUAUGCAGCAACUUUUACUGGCGUCUGCAAUCUGUUAAUGUCUGGACAGCGCAGUGGCAGUGUAUUAUAUCCGGUGUUCUGAUUUGAACAAAACUGCAUCACAAAAUAAAAGUGGAUGCUUAGUUCAGUAGGUGAGACUUGGCCUUAAAGAGAGUAAGAUUGGAUGGGUGGGGCAGCAAGACAGGGUUCAUAAGUGUAGUUAAAAAGGCUUAAACUGUUUGUUGUGUUUUGUCCUUAUGAAUGGUAACAGGCAUAAUGUAACUCUAGUUUACGAAAACGGUUGAAUGACUAUAAAGAAGGAGGAUUAAAGUCAUGAGCCUGUCAUGGUCGGCACAAAUCAACUCUUUAUAGUUUGCAUAGUAUAUUCUAGGUAAAUCAGAAUAAGAUAUGUGAUAUCUUAGGCCCAUACAGGUUGCUGAAUAGUCAUAUUUUAUGCAAAGCUUGUUGUGGACUAAAAAAAAAGAAUUAAAAAAAAUGUUAUGCUGUAUCUAAUGUCUUUAAAGUGCAAAUGUUAAGGGUUGUAAGUGUUUAAAAUGCAUGUAAACCUGCUGCGUGAUGAGAUAAAAAUGUUGACAAUGACAUGUUUAGGAAAACCAUUCCAGAUGAUUCUUUUUUUUUCUUUCAUUUUUAAUACUCAAAUAUUUGAUAUUUCUUUCUUUUCUAAGGAAUCCUUUGUAAAAGUUAAUUUCUGUAUUUUGUACAGAGCAUCAUUGUAAAGACUGUAAAUACUGUAGGCGUUCCGGAUGCGGCAGCAAUCAUAAAUGAGGGGAAGGAAAGGUGCCAUUGGUGGGAGGGUAUAUAACUUCAGAGUUGAUUCCAAAACAUGGAUAAGGCAUGCUUCUGAAGGCUUUCAUCCACUUACCACUGUUUGUUGGAAUUAAUAAAAUACAUGUUAUA